UUGUCCUCCGACCUGCGCCCCCGCCAUUCCGAAUCCCCCUCCUCAGAACCCCGCCCCACGGCCAGGUGCCGGAGAUCACCACCAUCCUAGGUCAGAUGCCAAACUGGAAUUUACACCACCUGGUGGGAUUGGACUACUUCUCCGACAUCAGUGCUCAGCCCUGACAUACAUUGUGCCCAGAGGGACGCAGAUACUUCAGAGACAGCUGGGCAUUUUGUCCACUGAUGGGCUUCACAUAGUCAUUGGGUGUCUUUUAUUUUCUGCAACGUUUGUGUACAGAAGGUGAAAUUCCCAUUGCCAUCAUGUCUUUGCAAAUGGGACUUUUUCUCUCCUUGUUUCUGUUUACAGUCCAAGCCACUGCAAUCAAAGAUCAUGGCAGACCAGAUAUUUUGUCUGAAGUCAGAAACAUGUACGACAAAGAUUUAAUGAAGCUUCUAAGAGCAACUAAACAGACGGAAAACAUCAAGGCAACAUCUGAAUUGGGAAGACACCGAACGAGGAGGUCUACGUUUUAUCAGUCUGGCGUCAAAGUCUGCCCUCAGGAAACCAUCAAAGAGGUCAUGGCCAGUCAUAGAUCAUACUACAAACUGAGAGUUUGUCAGGAGGCAGUGUGGGAGGCUUUCCGGGUCUUUCUGGACCGGCUCCCGAGCAACGAGGAGUAUCAGAGGUGGGUGUUCGCCUGCCAGCAUGAGCCCCUCUGCCUGGAUGACCUGGCCAGAAAUUUCAGCCACUCCCAAGAGCACAUUGACAUGGUGCAUAAGAGAGUGGUCUCUGCAGAGGACAAGCAGCAGGAGCAAGAGGGAGUCAUCUCAGAACCUGGACCAUUAGAGGAUCCCAAUCCUGAGAUAGCAGAACCUGGAGAACCAACCACAGCAUGGGCUUUUUCUGACCCCGUUCCCCGUGACAUCAUCGGUGGCACUCAGGACACAGACCUUCCCAACAUUGUGCCCGAAAUGAUGGUGGAACAGGUGGUGGAGUUCAGCAUCACCAUUUUGGACCCCGGCUACAGUGAAUUGUUGAACGACCCUGACACGGCCCAGUACCAUGACUUUGCCCGCAGUCUGCACGAUCAGAUGGUGCUUGUGUUUGAAAAGCUUCCAGGAUUUAAGGAGAUCCGAGUCUUGGGAUUCAGAUCUGGGGGCGAAACGGUGCGCUGUGCUGUGGUGUUUGAGACAGAUGCAACAGGCUGUAACGACUACAUGGAUGAGAUCAUGCACACGGCCCAUGGGGAAACAGAGCCUAAGGACACAGAGUUUGUCUCCGCUGGUCCAAGCCUGAAGGAGAUGGUGGCCAAGGCCCUGAGCGACCAGACCUCCUUACCUGUAGAUGUACAGUCUCUUAGCUUUGAGCCGGACAAUCUGCCACAGCCGACCAUGCCAAUAGCCACAGAAAUUGCUGAAGAGCUAAAUAGAGCUCCGCCAGAACCAGACUCCCACAAUGAGCUGACGGUGGCUACACCUCAGCCAGAAGACGACGUAGAAAAGCCUCACGUCCGUGUCUCCCUUGCCCCUGUUGCGAGGGAAAAUGACCUUGAGACCCUCCUGGACCCCACAGCCAUUCCAGAAGAGGCGAAUGUGAAAGAAAUGAGCAACUCUGAGUUUGAUAGCAUGGCCAUAACAUCAGCAGCUCCUUCCUUGGUCGACCAUGUUGUCACAGACAGUGUGACAGAGCCACCCAGUGCAGUGCCUCCCGCUACAUCUGUGUCACCCACCAGCCCGCCGGGUGAGCAGCCGCCAGCAAACAGUGACCCACAGCCGCUGCCUGAAGAGGGCGCUGACAAAGUAGGUCUAGUGGAGGAUGAACACCUUCCUAUAGACCCUGAGGUGGCAGAAGGUGAAGGUGAAAUAAUUGUUCAGCAUGAACCAACGGACACCAUCGAGGAUAGAGGUGUUCCAGAGGUGACUCCCAUGCCAGAAAGUGGCGCAGCAGAGUUGCCAUCAAACACAGAGACUGAAUCUUCAGAGAACAGUGAAGGAGGGGCAGACGAUAUACCGUUGGAUGAUAGCCCCAUGCUGCCAGAUGUCACAGCUACCUCGUCUACAGAUCUAGAGCCCCCUGAAGCUCCAUUAACCGAGUCCCCUACAGUCGAACUUGCAAGAGGACCCACAAUGGUCGCUGUGACACUGGCUGAUUUCAAAAUGGAGCCAGAAGUGUUCACCACAGAGGCCAUUGUUACGGUAACAGAAGAGCAUGCGGUUCAAGACCAAGAGGAUCGACCUCCUCCCAGUUUGGGGUCCCCGUCGGGCGACGAGGGCACAGAGGACAUCAUGGGGGAUCUGGAUGGUGAGAGCAUGGAAAGCAAUGGCAUGCAGGACUAUGGGAGUGGAUACCCCUCUGAGACGGGCGAUCGCCCCUUCGAGUCCACGCCGCCCCCGCCACUCAAAUACCUGACCACACCCUCGAUGACCACGGCCAGCAAGGGCAAAGAGUUAGUGGUUUUCUUCAGCUUGCGAGUCACUAACAUGAAUUUUUCAGACGACUUUUUCAACAAGAGCUCCCCCGAGUACCAAUCACUGGAGAAUACAUUUCUCGAACUGACACAGUUCACUGAACCCAAUGACAGGCCAAACCCAGGAGCCUCACAGAGAUUUGAGAGCGGGAAGCAGAGGACAUUAGCCUCGAUACCGCUUCUCCCAUACCUGCAGUCUAAUUUAACAGGGUUUAAAGAGUUAGAGAUACUCAACUUCAGGAACGGCAGUGUUGUGGUCAACAGCAAGAUGAAAUUUGCCAAGUCUGUACCAUAUAACAUCACAGAGGCUGUGCAGUGCGUUCUUGAGGACUUUUGCAACGCAGCAUCUAAACGCUUGGACAUCGAGAUUGACAGCCGUUCCCUGGACAUUGAACCCGCUGAUCGAGCGGACCCUUGCAAGUUUUUAGCCUGCAACGAGUUCUCUCAGUGUGUGGUGAACAGAUGGACCAAGGAGGCCGAGUGUCUGUGUGAUCCGGGGUACGGCACGCAAGAUGGCCUUCCCUGUCAAAGCGUCUGCAGCCUCAUGCCGGACUACUGCCUCAACGGCGGGCAGUGUGAGAUAGUCCCAGGUCACGGAGCGACUUGCAGGUGUCCUGUCGGGAAGUACUGGCAUUUCCAUGGAGAACGCUGCUCUGAGCUGGCCUCAUUGUCCGUAGACCCCAUGCUUAUCGUAGCGGGCAUUGUGGGGUCCCUGAUUCUUGUGUUUGCCAUCAUAGGGAUCUUGGUAUGCAUUAACAAGAAAUGCGUUGGGACCAGAAAGACGGUGACUUUGAUCCACGCUCACAGCCCUUUUGCACUCGGGAACACUGCAAGGCUGAACCCGGUUUUUGAAAAUGACAACGGUGUCAUGACUCAGUUUACCGGCUCUUAUUACACUUUGAGCACAGGUGCCGGUUCCUCCGGCAGCUCUCAGCAAGACACAUUGCACACGAUUGAAAACAUACACCUCAGCGUCGAGAUACCCAGGCAAAUCUACACAACCAGAUCAGACGAGCUAGUGCCUGAGAUGGUUGAUUUUCACCGCUGUAUACCACAUAAUGAGGCAUGGCGAUUAACUCACGAGUACAGGACUUCCUGUUGCCUCCUGAGAGCGUCGGAUAAUGAAUGCGCUGAAGUGACCGUUUUGUGAACAUGGAACAUUGUGAACAUUGGAAGAAACUAAUUAGAGACCAAGAGGACCCUCCUCGCUAGCAUCAACCAGAUGUCGCUAGCUUUCGCCAAAGCACAGCUUUCUUGUGGGACUUCACUGGCAGCUGUCAACAUUGAACAGGCGAUCAAAUGGAGUUAACUGUCGCUCCAGUUGGAAGGGGUAGCUUGA